UUGCAUCGAUUUCGCGUCGCGUUGUCAAAUCACAAAAGAUCUUCACGCUUAGCUGGUGCAUUUGCUGCGAAUUUCAAUUUAAAAUUGAUAAUUCAAGCUAUUUCGUCUGGAAAUGACUUCUAAAUCGAAGCGUGGCGACAGUUCAGGCAAAGACGAUGAGCCGGUCAAAAUCAAUAAAUGGGACGGAACCGCCGUUAAGCACGCUUUGGACGAUUCCGUGAAAACCGCCCUCAUGAACCGGACCAACAUGAAGGAACACCAUGCCAUCAUCGACGGGCGGCUGCUGAUCUGCGCCCUGGCCGUGGCCACUGCCCUCGUUGCCCUUGGGUACGACUACCAGUAUUCCUUCCCCACGUCCAAGCCCGUGCUGAUCGUGUGCGUUUGUUUCUACUUCUUCCUGAUGGGGGUGCUCACCAUCUACACCACGUACGUGGAGAAGGGCAUUUUCGCCGUCGGUAACCAGAAGGAUGACAAGGGCAACCAGAAGCGCUGGCAGGCCAGUUCCGACAUGAAGAAGUACGACGACAAGUACGAGCUGACGAUUCAGUUGCGCGAUGCGCGGGGAGUGCGGGAGGCCACUGUUGUCAAGUCCGUGGCCAACUUCAUCGACACCAAUGGGUCCGUACUGGACGAUUUGGUGGCGAAUGAGCUGAGCCGUAUCGUAAAUUCGUUAAAUUCCGAGAAAAAAGAUAAAUAGGUUGCUCAGUGGUUAAUAAGGUCUAUAAAGACCCCGAGUACGGAUGUUUGCAUGAGUGAUUAAAAAAUAAUGAUCUUGGAUAAAAUUGAA